AUGGCCGCCAAACUCCUCAACCUCAUCGCUCUCUCGUCCCUCGCCAUCCUGGCCUCUUCCUUCGGUGCGACCCCUGUUAACGCCCUCUCCGUGGACAUGUCCCCCAACCACGCAGCCCGUCACCUCGGACACCACAACCUCAUUGCCAAGAAGAAGCGCGCAGAGUCCAGGCGUUGCAAGCCUCGUCCUAGCAGCUCGGCGGUGGCGGCGUCCACCACCCCUGCCCCAAGCACCUCUAAACCCGCAUCAACGAAGGCUGCAGCCCCCGCAACCACCACCACCAAGGCUGCCUCCAACAACAAUAACAACAACAACAGUGGCAACAACAACUCUGGUGGUGGCAGCUCUGGGGGAGGUGGAGGCAAAGUUGGCCUGGCCUGGCCCAACGGUGACGCCAACACCCUCAAGAACUUCAAGACUGCUAAAGUCUCCGCUAUCUACACGUGGAGCCCUUGGAAGCCCGCUGGCAGCGACGCUCUUGGACUUGAGUUCGCUCCUAUGCUAUGGGGUCCCAAACAAAUCAGCGAUUUCACGCGUCUUGUGAAGCCAGGUUAUGCCCACACGGUCCUCGGCUUUAACGAACCCGACCACAACGGGCAGGCUAACCUUGACCCCGGAUAUGCUGCUUCCCUUUGGAAGCAGUACAUUCAGCCCUUGAAGAAUCAGGGAUACUCGUUGAUCUCCCCAGCUGUCACAUCUGCCCCUGCUGGCAAGACUUGGAUGCGGAACUUCUUCAAUGCUUGUACUGGUUGCACUUUCGACGCCGUGGCCGUGCAUUGGUACGGCACCAAGGCUGACGAGUUCAUUGCGUAUGUCACCGACUACCAUAACACUUUCGGCAGAGACAUCUGGGUUACCGAAUUUGCUUGCCAGAACUUCGCUGGAGGUGCCCAGUGCAAUGCCGGACAGGUUGUCGAAUUCAUGAACACUGUCACUGGAUGGAUGGACAAUACUUCGUGGGUCAAGAAGUACUUUGCCUUCGGCGUCAUGCACGACAUGGUUGGUGUCAACACCCUGAACCAACUGAUGGCCCCCAACGGCCAGCCCACCGAGCUCGGCUGGAACUACCUCACUUAA